UCCUCGCUUUGCGGAAACAAAAAUGGAUUCAAAGAUGGCGGAGGAGGUGAUCCUUACAGACGAAUUGGAGCAGCUAGAUUUUUUAAGAGACCGACAUGUACGCUUCUUCCAGAGAACUCUUCAGGUUCUACCAGAGAGAUACGCCUCCCUGGAGACCACUAGGUUGACUAUCAUAUUCUUUGCCCUGUCUGGUCUCGAUAUGCUCGAUGCCCUGAAUGUCAUCGAUAGUAAUGUCAUGAUCGAGUGGAUCUACUCCAUGCAGGUUCUUCCCACAGAAGACAAAUCGAACCUCAGUCGCUGCGGCUUUCGAGGAUCAUCACACAUUGGAAUUCCGUACAGCACCAAGGGUCCAGGUGUGCUCCAUCCGUACGACAGCGGCCACAUCGCCAUGACUUACACUGGAUUGUGCUCUUUGCUCAUACUGGGAGAUGACCUGAGCCGUGUCAACAAACAGGCCUGCCUGGCCGGUCUCAGGGCCUUGCAGCUAGAUGACGGCAGCUUCUACGCCGUGCCAGAAGGAAGCGAAAACGAUAUCCGCUUUAUCUACUGUGCCACUAGUAUCUGUUACAUGCUGGAUGAUUGGUCGGGCAUGGAUAUCCAAAAGGCCAUCGAGUACAUCCGAGGAAGCUUGUCUUACGAUAACGGUUUCGGUCAGGGAGCAGGACGAGAGUCACAUGGCGGCUGGACGUACUGCGCCAUCGCCUCUCUCUGUCUCAUGGGUCGAUUGGAGGAAGCGUUGGGUCAGCGGGAAUUGGACAGGAUCCGCCGCUGGUGCAUCAUGAGGCAGCAGAGUGGCUUCCACGGUCGGCCCAACAAGCCUGUCGACACGUGCUACUCCUUUUGGGUGGGCGCCACUUUAGAGCUAUUAGAUGUGUUCCAGUACACCAACUUUGACAAGAACAGGACCUUCAUCCUCUCCACGCAAGAUCGAUUGGUGGGGGGCUUCGCCAAGUGGCCAGACAGCCACCCAGACCCUCUACACGCCUACUUGGGCCUGUGCGGACUCUCUCUGAUCGGCGAGCCCAGCCUGAGGAAGGUCCACCCAGCUCUCAACAUCACCCAGAGGGCCUUUGAGCACCUCCGACAGCUGCAGCAGACGUGGAAGGACAAUAGCGACGACGGCUGCAGCCGACAGCACUGACAAGGAGGGGAGCAUCCAUCGGGUUUCAGUACACGCAAGUACCGACCGAGUCAAGGCCAUUUGGAGUAUUUUUCCUUUUUUUUUUUUUGAGGAUUUGAGGAAAAAAGUGUCCGGUUAGUAACUUUAAAAAGUGGCCUUUCUGUUAAGUCAAGCUGCCUUUUGGGUUUAAAAAAAAAAAAAAAAAACAUGUGCCAGAAAAAAACUCACCAUACCUGAACACAUCACAGGUGCCAAACUGUCGCCGUUAUUAUUAAUAAUAGGAAAACAAAGCAGCAGCAGUUUCAUUAUAGAUCAUCCCUUAAUGGCAGUGAUUUUCAACCACUGUACCGCGGCACACUAGUGUACCUUGAGAAACCGUCAGGUGUGCCGUGAGGAAUUAUCCAAAAUUAACAUUUAUUAAUCAUCAUUUGCAAAUAUUAUGUCAAUACAGUAAACCUCGGAUAUAUCGGACUCGGAUAUAUCGGAAAUUCGCUCACAACAGACAGAUAAAAAAGAACCGAUUUUUCUGUAAUGCAUUUCCAAUAAAAAAUCAUUGCAUAUAUCGGAUUUUUUAUAACGGAUUUCGCCUAUUUCGGACAAAAUCUCCAGUCCCGUUCCAAUGCAUUUCCAUUAAAUUUCCCUUGCAUAUAUCGGAUGGCCGCAUCGUGGCGCUCCGAUUCGCCGAAUCGUGACAGGCCGCUAUACGACGUCAUUUGCAGCGUUGCCUGCGCGUACAGGUACAUUGGAAACAUAGUCAAGGAAGUGCCUUUUUAUAACGGAUAAAAUCCGAUUUACGCAUAUACCAGAUAUAAAUCCGAUAUAUGCAUAAAACGGACAUUUUCCGGUAUACGCAUAUAACGGAUUUCGCUUAUAUCGGACAAAACCACAAUUGGGAACAAUUGAAUCCGAUAUAUCCGAGGUUUACUGUAGUAUACACGGACCCAAAUAUUCCAAUUGCAUUUGGUUUAUUUGUUAAAAAAACGGAAAGAAUUGAACAGGGAUGGAAUAUUCCUUUAACCAAUCCGAUUGAGGUAUCUUGUACCCGCUCAAACGGAAAGUUCGUGGUGUUUUUCUUCUUCUGUUGUUUAUUGGCGGUUGGCAAGCAGCUUUCGUGUGCAUUAGCGCCAUCUGUUGAACACAAUCUAAACCCUAAACCCACAAUCUAAGAAAAUAUAUAUCUAUAUAAAACAUGUCCUGAGUUUAAUUAUAAAAUAUUAGCAAGAUUGAAUUUGAUCUUUUCCUGUUUACAUUUAUCCCGGAACAUGCUCAGAUAUGACGUAACACGCAGAUCCAGACGUUCUUCACUUUUAAAAAAUGGAGGCCAGCAAUCGGCACUGGAUUAAGCAAAGUUUAUUUUUGAUUCAAACUAAAUUUCAAGACUGGAAAGACGAAAAACUGGCAAAUACGGAGUUAUUCCAACAAGUGAAAGAAUAACUCAGGUAAGCCGGUAUCAUAUAUGAUGUUUACGUUUUACUGGGCAUGCCCUAUUGACUAUUCUGGUUGAUUUUCACGGCGCAUGUAGACAAGAGAUUGGAAUAUUCCUUUCUAUGGAUACCAUUGUUUUUCCCGAAAGGUCAUUCGGAAAGAGGAAAAAGUGGUCAUGUAAAAACAUGGCUACUGUGGAGUGUCUGUGGUGUAAAGACUAGCAUAGCAAUGGCAUAGCUAAUUGGUCCGUGUGGCAACACCUAGCUUGUUCCUCCGAUAGACUUAUUGAUGCACGUGUGACGUCGUGGUGACAUUUUGGAACAUUUUAGGUUUUGGUCAAAAAUGGUUGAAAAACACUGCCUUAUGGGAUAUAUAUACAUUAAUUUCAAGGAGUCUGAAAAUAUGAGAAAUGGUUGAGUCCAGUCAUCCCUUUCAUCCUUGGAAGCAAAGCACCAUCUAAAGGACAAACUCUUGGAGACAUCUUCAAAGCUCUCCACUCUCAAGGUUCAUUCCAGCCCACUCCCCUCCCAUUUUUUGGGGCGUUGAAGCUAACGAGGAGUUUUAAUCAGGCGCCGGUGCACCCAAGAGAUAGCAUCAACAAACCACCUUAAGGGGUCUUUGGUCUUCUGGAAGAACGUUCAAAAACACCAAUAGGGAAAAAAAAUGAAAAGAGCUUCCAGGGGCAAGCAGGAAUAAAAUGGAGCCUCUCGUGGGAAGUUGUUAAGGAGUGGAAAAUUUUUGAUUUUUUUUUUUUUUGAACUUGACACUUCAUCGCCAUCUUUGACAUGUGGCUCCAGCUGAAAGAGCUACAUUUUUUUUUUUUGCCUAACACUGUCUGUCGGAAGCCCUUUUUACACAGAAACUCUGGAAAAUAGCCGUGAACAUAA